AUCCGAGGGAAGCUUCUAGACCCAAAAGCAAGGUCCGUUCAACUGUCUAAGCUGCUUCCAAACACCCAAUACCUGAUCUGUGUCCUUGGGCUCGGAAAUUGGAUGACUCCUCUACCGGAAGACCUUGGAACUAACCAGAACUCGACGGAUGACUUGAUAAAUACGGGAUCUAACCUAGCUUAG